AUGUCACGCACCUCUGGCGCCCAGUUCCGCCUUCCCACAUACCUGGCCGAUGCAUCCUCGUCAACAUUGUUUGACAACCAAGUUUGCCAUGGACAAUGGUAUCUCCUCCGUACGUCCAACCAAUACUGGAAAGACAAACUCAACAUCCGCACCGAAUGCCUUCCAACCGGUGCAGACUGCUUCUUCUACCAAGUAAAGUCGGGCGGUGCAGUCAAAACGAUGAAGUGGAACACGAAAGCGAUCGAGGAGGAAACGGCAACGUUUAUUUCGCAGGGGACGGGCUUGCUAAGAGAACCAAACGGGAUAUCGGAAGAGGACUGGACGGAGAUUGAAAGUUGGCUGGCUGGCAUAGAAGACGAGGGGUUCAGGAAGGCGACGGAGGGGAUGAUCACUGUCACCCAUGGGUAG